AUGUCGGGAUUGAUCACCGUUCAGGAUUAUGAGGAUCGUGCAUCAACGAGUCUUCCUCGGGAAGCGCUGGACUACUACCGAAGUGGGGCGGACGAUGAACAAACACUUCAGUUGAAUCGCGCAAGCUACGAUCGGUUGCGUAUACGGCCAAGAGUUUUGUGCAAUGUCUCCAAUCGCAACAUGAAGGUGAAACUGUUCGGCGACGAGUUUUCUAUGCCGAUUGGAAUAUCGCCAACAGCAUUUCAAAAAAUGGCUCAUCCGGAGGGUGAAGUGGCUAAUGCGCGGGCUGCGGCCAGUCGAAAGGUACCGUUUACAUUGAGUACUUUGUCCAAUAGUUCAAUCGAAGAGGUUGCGGGAGGGGCAUCGAAAUCGCCCAAAUGGUUUCAGUUGUAUAUCUACAAGGAGCGAAAACUGACCGAGCAGCUGAUUCGAAGGGCUACAAAGGCAGGAUUUAAAGCCCUUGUGAUUACGGUGGACAGCCCAAAGUUUGGAAAACGUCGAGCGGAUAUAAGAAAUCGAUUCACAUUGCCACCUGGGUUAACUGUCGCGAACUUUGAAGGUGAGCAAGCUACGGGAGUGCAAAGUCAAAGUGGCUCAGGGCUUAACCAGUAUGGCGAAGAGCAAUUAGAUCCAUCCCUUGUAUGGGACGAUAUAAAAUGGUUGAAGAAACUUACCAAACUACCUGUGAUUGUAAAAGGAGUUCUAACUAAGGAAGAUGCAGAAAUAGCAGUUAAAAAUGGUGUUGAUGGUAUUUGGGUUUCCAAUCACGGAGGUCGACAGUUGGACUCUGCUCCUGCCACGAUUGAAGCCCUGCCAGAAAUUGUUGCUGCUGUCGGGAAUCGCAUGACUGUCAUUAUGGAUGGAGGUGUACGGGAAGGAAAGGAUGCCUUUAAAGCUUUAGCCCUUGGAGCUAAAAUGGUAAUGGUUGGCCGGCCAGCUUUAUGGGGGCUGGCUGUGAAUGGUCAGCAAGGAGUCGAACACGUAUUGGAUAUAUUGAAAGACGAGCUGGAUACAACGAUGGCCUUGGCUGGCUGCCAGACUGUAGCAGACAUUAGUCAGGAACACGUAGUACACGAGGCAUUCUAUACAGCUCUCAGCUUGCACACCCAGCAGUUGUCCGGAGCAUCAAACAGAGAAAAGCGAAGAACUUGGUUCAGUGGGAUGUUCUGA